UCAAGUCCAAAUGUGAAGCAGGCACAAAGGCCUCCCAUGCUUUUCCCUAGCAAUUUGCCCUUGAUAUGGAAGACACAGGAAAUCUUAAGAGUCAAAAGACAACCCAACUCUGGGCAAGAUUUCAGUGCAAGGCUUUCUUUCAUCUCUGCAGGAUGACCCCUUAUGGCUGCCUCUCCACAGGCGACAAGACUGGAUUGAUAGAAGUAGUCAUGCACUCAGAUACCAUUGCCAACAUCCAGCUGAACAAGAGCAACAUGGUGGCCACUGCUGCAUUCAACAAGGACGCGCUGCUGAACUGGCUAAAAUCUAAGAACCCGGGAGAAGCACUAGACCAAGCUAUAGAGGAGUUCACCCUUUCCUGUGCUGGGUACUGCGUGGCAACAUACGUGCUGGGCAUUGGGGACCGGCACAGCGAUAACAUCAUGAUCCGUGAGACUGGCCAGGUAUGGGGAGUCACUGCUGCCCUUCGAGAGUUGGACGUGGGCAUGAACACUGCUCAGCAACGAGCAGAGCCGUCCCUGGACAGGCCUCCUCUUACCUUCCAGCCAAGAGACACACAGACAAAUAUUCUCAACACUCAGCUUUUGCCA